UCAACUAUCCCUUUAACCCGCUAUUAAUUAUCCCCCGGUUUCGCAUUGUGAGAGUAGAUUUUUGGUUCCCUCUCGCUUACAUCUCUCUUUCUGGAAUCUUCUCUCGUCGAAUUCACGCAGCGAGAUCCAUCUACUGGAGCUAAUCACCGGCAGCCAUGGAGGACGAUUUCGAGUUUGCUGAUCAUUCUCCUCCGUCGUUCCAGAACAUGGUACAACUUUCAUCCAUUUCAAUCUUUUUAUCCGUUUUCAGUUAGUUGUUCUCGUAAGAUCUGCAUUUGUAGAAGUGCAUUUUUAGGAUUUUUAGCUCUGAGAUCUCAUUUUCAUUGUCUCCGCGGAUUCAUUCUUGAUAUGAUCUUUAAUUUUUCUUCCUUACUUAUUUCUCUUUCUAUGUCUUCAAUCUAAACCCGUCGUCUAUUGGUGGUGGGCUUGCGUUUGUCAUCUCGCCGGAUUCUGAGACUAUUGGUGCUGCCGGUGGGUGUCUUGGACUCCUCAACAAUGACGGGCUUGGUUCGGGCUUCGUGGCGGUCGAGUUUGAUACUCUUAUGGACGUAGAGUUCAAAGACAUUAAUGGAAACCAUGUGGCUGUGGAUCUAAACAGUAUGGUUUCAUCGCAGACUGGUGAUUUAGGAGCUGCAGAUAUCGAUCUUAAGAGCGGUGACCUUGUUAAUGCGUGGAUCGAGUACGAUGGGACUAAUCACGGCCUCAAGGUCUCGGUUUCAUACUCCAAUCUUAAGCCCAAACUGCCGAUUCUAUCAUUUACUCUUGAUCUAGAUCAGUACGUGAAUGAUUUCAUGUACGUUGGGUUCACUGGGUCGACGCAGGGGAGCACAGAGAUCCAUAGUAUUGAAUGGUGGAGCUUUAGUUCCUCUUUUGACUCGAUUUCUGGUCCUGGUUCAUCUUCUCCACCGCCUCCAACGACUAGUUUGACGAACCCAACGGCUAAUUCCGUGACGUCACCGCCGCCCUCAUUGGCCCCUGCUGAUUCCGAUUCAAUUAGUAGUCAACAAAAGAACAGCAAGUCUUCUUCGUGCCAUAACCAGCUCUGUAAGCAGGGACCUGGAGCCGUUGCAGGGGUGGUUACUGCUAGUGCAUUUUUAGCCAUUUUUGCCGGUGUUCUUAUCUGGAUAUUCUCUAAAAGGUACAAACAUGUGAAAAAAACAGAGUCUUUUGCGUCAGAGGUUAUCAAAAUGCCCAAAGAAUUUAGCUACAAAGAGCUCAGAUCAGCGACGAGAUGCUUCAAUUCAAAUAGAAUUAUAGGACAUGGUGCAUUUGGGACUGUUUAUAAAGGUAUAUUGCCAGAAAUUGGCGACAUUGUAGCAGUGAAGAGAUGUAGUCAUAAUAGCCAAGGAAAGAAUGAGUUUUUAUCUGAAUUGUCCAUCAUCGGUACUCUUAGACAUAGAAAUCUUGUUCGCCUUCAGGGAUGGUGUCAUGAGAAAGGUGAAAUUUUAUUGGUUUAUGAUUUAAUGCCCAAUGGAAGCCUUGACAAGGCAUUGUUCGAAGCGAGGACGCCUCUGCCAUGGCCACAUAGGAGAAAAAUUUUACUUGGUGUUGCAUCUGCUCUGGCUUACUUGCAUGAAGAAUGUGAGAACCAGGUGAUUCAUAGAGAUAUUAAGACUAGCAACAUUAUGCUAGAUGAAGGGUUUAAUGCAAGAUUAGGAGAUUUUGGCUUGGCUAGACAAAUUGAGCAUGAUAAAUCACCGGAUGCAACAGCAGCUGCAGGUACAAUGGGAUACUUAGCCCCGGAGUAUUUAUUAACAGGAAGAGCUUCUGAGAAAACUGAUGUUUUUAGUUAUGGAGCUGUGGUUCUUGAGGUGGCUAGUGGGAGAAGGCCAAUUGAGAAAGAAACAAGUGUGGUUGGAAAAAUUGGGGUGAACAGCAAUUUGGUUGAAUGGGUUUGGAAUUUACACAGAGAAGGAAGAUUGCUGAUGGCAGCUGAUGCAAGACUAGAAGGUGAGUUUGAUGAGAAUGACAUGAGAAGGGUUCUGCUAGUUGGGCUAGCUUGCUCACACCCUGACCCAUUGGCUAGACCCACAAUGAGGACUGUGGUCCAAAUGCUCGUAGGUGAGGCUGAAAUCCCAAUCGUCCCAAGAGCAAAGCCUACUAUGAGUUUCAGCACUUCCCAUCUCUUGUUGAGCUUGCAGGAUAGUGUAUCAGACUGCAAUGGCAUGAUCACAAUCUCAACAUCCUCAUCAGAAAAUGGCUACAUUGGUGAUGACAUAGUUUGAUCCAAAAUGGACAUGUGGGAUUCCACAACCUUUUGUUUAUUGACACACAAUUAUAUAUUAUUAUUCGUUUUUGUAUUUAUAAUAAUAAAAUAUUCAAUUUAAUUACAAGCA